AAACUGAUAAGCGGUAUUUCGCUUCAUUUUAGUAUAUUACAUAGAGUAGCGUGUUGACAAAACUUUAAAUAAUAUUUUAAUUAUUUUUAUAUCAUUCCAAAACAAUUGUGAAGUAGAAAGUAGCUGCUCGCGGAUUUAAUUAAAAGUUGAAACUCUAUAUGUGAUAUAUAGCAUUACAAUGAGAAAGUGUCCAGAUUGUUCAAUGGUUGGUUUCGAAAGUAAAGCAUCGCUAAGACGUCACCGUAGAGCAGUGCAUGGUUUUGUUGUAUGCGACUGUCGAAGAAAAUUUCUUAAAAGCGAAUAUAUGGCGCAGCACAGAGCGAUGAGUAGAGUUCAUAACGGCUUUUCCAACCAAUUUGCUGCUUCAAGUUCCUUGAUAAGGUCAUUUCAAGGAUUAGCUAUUGCUUCAACACCUGACCUUUAUUCGCUACAAAGAGAUGAGGUUGACACUUUUAUAUCUAACUACAUACAAGUGGAUUCACCAUUUCGUUACUGCUGUGGAGAAGUGAUAGACACCCUUGUCAGAAAGCUGCAUCAAAUUGUAGAAUUUGCUGCAAAACUGGAACCAAGGGAGAUUAUUAAGUCAGGAUCACUAGGAAAAGGAACUGCAGUUAAGGACAGAGCCGAUAUAGAUCUUGUGGUGAUGCUGAACAAUUAUAGAGAUGUUGAACAAUUGAUGAGAGACAUGGAAGGCCUACUGGAACAGCUAGAGCGUUAUUUACUGAGGUUUACUCAAGCCAGACAUCAACGAAGAACGCGGUAUUCCGUACAGGUGGAAAUAACGUGCAGUUCUGGACAUACGCACGAUGUUGACAUAUUGCCAGCAGUGGACCUUCUUGGAUUAGGAAGCUCCCGUAAAGAAAUAUUUCAAAAGAUGAAAUACGCUUCAAAAGUAGACAUCCACGAGUACUCGGUGUCACUGGCGCCUCUACAGCUUGGAAUUAUUAAGCCGUUACCGGCAAAAGUAAAGUCUUUGAUCAAACUUCUGAAAUAUUGGAAAGAUAAAAAGUUGAAGGAGCGUAACGAGGCUGAAAUGCCAAGCUUCGCUGAGAGGAAAACCAGUAGCCCAAACUGGCCUAGUUCAUAUGCUCUCGAACUUGUGGUUAUAAACGCAUGGAAUGACGCAGGGAAUCCGGAAGACUUUGAGAUGACCAAGAUUCUUCAUGCUGUGCUGACAUCCCUUGUUAACCACAAGAACUUUAGGAUUGUCUUAAAAAGACAAAUGGAAUAUAGUAUGGACAUUGUCCAGAUCAGUAAAACGCCGUAUAUCAUGGACCCUGCCAAUCCAUUUAACGACAUGUAUCACGGCCUUGUUGGCGGUAAAGCUUUUAAUUGGGAACAAGUAGUACCUGAAGCCAAGGUUUGGCUAAGUAAACCUUUAUUCUUUGGUGAUAACUCAUCAAAGUUAUGGUAAAACUGAAAUAUGAUGGCAUGAGUUAUGCGCAAAAAAGGAAAUAAAACUGGUGAAUAUACUCUGAUCAUGGCAUAAUAUGGCACUCGAUACUGUGUUUGUACUUUACAGUUAACCAAAUUUAUAUCUUCAAAAACAAAUCAAUUAUUUCUUUGUUUGUUGGAAAUACAAGGAUGUUUAUUAAAUUAUAUUUAAUCUUUUGUUUGUUUUGGGUUGUACGUCACAUCGACACGGUAUAGGUCAUAUCGCGACGUUCCAGCUUUACUGGUGGAGGAAGACCUCAGGUGCUCUUCCGUGCAUUAUUUCAGGCACGAACGGGCACCUGAGUAGAAUAACCGACGUACCGUAAGCUAGCAGGAUAGCUUCCUCACAUGAAAGAAUCCAAAGUCCCUGUCGGGAUUCGAACCCACAGCGGUGAGGGGCAAGUGAUUAUAUCUAAUCUAAUGAGCAUUUUUAAUAGUUUGGUUUAUUCAGCAUUUUUGAUAGUGAUAAUACACAUAAGACAGGUUAUUCAAAUUUUAAAUCAAUAUAAAAAGGCGCUUUUAUGUAAAUAUUUUCUGCAAUGCUAGAAUUCUUAUGCCAUAUGUAUGAUUUGAAUUCUGAUUAGUUUCUUUUCUUUCCAGAAGUUUUAUCAUAUAUUAUUUAAUAUAUAUGUGCCAUAUGUGUCAUAUAUAAAUGAAUCAUACAGGUGUAUUAUCGUUUAAAUUUUAACUUUGAUAACGAUCCCUUAAUUAGUUUAAAUUGAUUUUAUUUACUUUACUUGAUUUAGAGCAAAUGUACUUUGCAUUUCGUUUUCGGAAAAUAUUUUAAAGCAAAUCUUGGUAACUUUUGAGUUUAUGCACUUUAAUGAUUCAGUGUUACAUAUGCUAUUUAAUUGGAAAGAAAAUUGUUUUUAUAGUAGAAUGUUAAUGCAUGGAAGACAUGUUUGUAUGUCAUUGUGUAUUUCGUUACACAUAUCUUAGUUACAUUAUUACUAAUCUUUUUCAUUUUUUAUCUUUUUUUAUUUUAAGCUUUUUUUUGUAUUUUUUAUGAUUGACUAAAGUAAUGUAUAUGUACAUUGUUGAUAGUGUUUUUGGCGUCUCGAUGAAUGCAAAACAAGUUCUGCGCGGCUAAUACUCAUAAAAGUAAUCUUUGAAAACAUCUAUUUCAUCAAUGUCUUGUCUUUUAGCCGUUUCAUUCAUUUUUCGUUAGUUUAACUAUGAAUAUUUGAUUUUUGAAUCCGCAUAUAAUACCAAUUAUGAUUUGAUGGGUUUAGUAAGCCUAGAAUAUUUAUCAUCUAAUUUGAACAGUUCGUACACAAAAAAGAUGAAAAUGAAAAAUUGGAUGUUGAAUAAAACGCUCGAGUGUUACAACAAUAUUUUUUGGAAACCAAAGUCGUUUAGACAAUUGGCAUUUAUUUUGUUAAAUGGGAAACGAUUUUGUUGAUCGUUUACUUCCUAUAGGAUAUAGGAUAUUUUGCUGUUGCUUCUUGUUGUUUUUUAUUCUGCACCAUCAACAGAAAAGAUAACUGUAUAUAGUAUCAAAAAUAUGUUUGAUUAUUUCUCCAAUUUAAAACUGCCGAAGAAUCAACUGUUGAAUAAAUAAAUGAAAGUA